AUGGCUUCCACCGUCGCACCGACGCUGCCACCAGCCGCGCGUCUUUCCGAGUUCACCGCCUUCUUCGACGCUUUGUCGUCGAUCUCGAGCGAAGACAGGGAACCGGACGCAACGACUGCCUCCCGCUGCCCUCCCUCGCCUCAACAGUCUCUUUCCCCCGAAUCGCCCAAGUUCAAGUCGGACACCUCCUUCCCUCGCGCCCGCUCCGACUCGCUGCACCAAGGCUCGACACAAGCGGGUCCAUCUGGACAACACCGCAGCCUCAGCCCGCCGCCACCUCUCCCUUCGGGUCCUUCGACUCCCCUCUCAGCAGCGCCAACCGACUACUUCAGCUCCUUCCUCUACUCGUCCACCUCUUCCUCCGCCGCUUCCUCCCUACAUCCCAUGUCCGCAACAGCCGACUCCUCCACCGCUGCACCAAUCAAGUCCGUCUCGGUCCCUCACCACUCGAAGCAAGGCAAGCUCUGCCUGUUCGCUUGCCGCGUCGUGCCGGAUCUUGGACCUGCUGCGGCGGUGCCGAGGGGACAUGCGAGGAGGGGCAGUUUGGGAAAGAUGAGGAUGGCCGGACAGGACGAGCCGCAUACGGUUUGGAGGACUUGGCAGGAAUUUGUCGAGUUCAGCGCGAGCUUGACCGCCGCUUUCCCCGACGACCGCCUCAAUCCCGCCUCUCCAACGACUCUCGCUCCUCCAGUCCCGCGCCUGUCGAAGAAGGUCUCGCUCUUCGUCACUCGCUCAACGCACGCGCAACGACAGAACGAGCUCGACGCCUUUUGCCAGCGGCUCUUCGACAUGCCAGCCGAGGUCAAGCAGUCGAUGCUCGUCCGCGAGUUCUUCCGUUUCCGCCCCGACGACCGCCUCGGCCUGCCUAGCAGCGGGACACACAGCGCCGCGUCGUCUCGCAGCGCGCUCAACUCGCCCGCUCAGUUCGAGUCGGCUUUCGACGCCCCGCCUAUCCCUGCAUGGCUCGCUGCCGGCGACCCGGAGAACGACCUCGCCUUCAACGACGAGACCAUCAAAGCGACAAACCCUCGCAUGCUCCGUCCCAAACUCGCCAUCAAGAUCUCAAGCCCGAAUCUGCGAGGAACCGUCCGCGGAUUCGGAAGGGACGACGAGUCGAGCUUCCUCUCGCCCAUCAGCGGCGUGUCGAACAAAGCUGGCGCAGGCCUCCUGCGACACUUUGAACCGCAGGACGCGCUCUCGAGGGCGGACAGCUCGUUUUCGAUGGCGACUAUGUCGAGCGCGCGUACGAUCACCCCGUCACCUGUUGCGCCUGUCCCGACCGUCGCCGCAGGCAGCAUGGCGCGGACGAUCCGCAAGAAGGCCUCGGGCGGACUGCGACACAUCCGCUCGCUUGGCGACUUGCGGUCGAGCAACAAGAAGGUGACUGCGAUUGACGAGCCCGUCCCAGCGCUGCCAGCGUUCCCGCCGCUCCCGCCUGCCCCCUCGCCCUCGAUGUCGCCCUCGAUGGAACGCGCUGCGACCCAGCCACUGCCUGGACCGCACUUCCAGGCGCCUAUCUCGUCCAGCUCGAGUCGCCGCCCUUCAGCCGGUCUUCCCUCUCCCUCGGCUCGCGGUCCGUACAUGGCCCAGACGGCGCCGGCAAGGGAGAACAUGCGACACGCUCGCGGCUCCAAGUCGUCGAUUUCGUCGUUCGAGGACCUCUGGGGCACGGCCUUCCCCUCGACGUUCCGCCAGACACCCUCCGGUCGCGUCGAGUGCGUCCGAACGGACGAGUUUGGCCGCCCUGUGAACGGCACAAAGCGGUUGUCGGGCGUCGGCGUACCUGCGCGAACCAACUCGUUUGGUCACGCUUCGACUGUCCGGCCGCCGAUGUACCGCCACGGCCGGCACACCUCGACCACCUCGGUCUCGAGCAUCGACUCGGCUCGCUCGGGCGGCUCGUCGCCGUCCAUGUCCAUGACCAUGUCGAGGUCGCGCAGCAGCGGUGGGAGCGAGAUGUGCCCUACCCCACCGACGCCGGCGAUGGAGUGGUCUGCCUCGAAGAGCUCGAACGAGGGCGGUCAUUCGAAGGACAAGGUCAUCGCCGGGAAGUACUACGUCGAGAACGGCGUCUUGCUGGAGAACAACAUGGUUCCACCGCCUCCAUUCUUCCCUGUCCCGCCACCUAUGCAGUUCGCCUACUCGCAGGACGGCCUUCCUCACACGCCCCGCUCGUCCGCGUCGUCGACCCACCGCACCGCGCUGCAGAAUCACGCCCGCAAGUCAACUGGCGAACCUGUCCCGCCGACUCCUCGCUCGCGCAGCGGCUCGAUGAUCUCAUCUCGCCGUGUUCCCAUCCUUAGCCAGUCGUCGCUGGACCCGAUCUUGUCGAGCCCGGCGGGAUCAUCGAACGCCUCGUCGCCAUGUACGGUCGGCGGCUCGAACGGGGGCAGCUGGACAUUCAAGCUUCUCCACCCUCAGGAGAACGUCCUCCUGCGCGUCUCGCGCGCUUCGCUCGUCGGCGACAAGCUCGACAUCGAGCAGCUUCGCCAGGACGUCGUUGCCAAGUUCAAGGCGAGCGGCGUCACCCUUCCUGGCGGCGACGGCGAAUGUGCGGGCGAAUGGGGUCUUGCUUGGACGCCUCGACCGACCUCCGGCGCGGGAGCGAUGGGUACGAAACUCAUCAUCUCGCAAGGGGACCUAGACGCCUGCUUGCAGGAGCACCAGGACGCUGUUGCCGCCGGUGGACUCGCCAGCAAGAUCGUCCUCAAGGUCAUCUGCUGA